UAACAAACCUAAUCGCACGAUAAUAAAUAUUUUAAUAUUACUUGAACAUAAAACAAUUAAAUAAUUUUAAGAAAUAUGAAAUGAAAUUUAAUAUAACCUUCAUUAUAAAGUAGUCAUUGGAUAUCUUAGUUUAAUAGUAAAAACAUUACGAUAUUAUAAACUUACUCUACACAUUAUAGUGGUAAAUUUAUAAUGUCUAGAGUCAUUAUAAAGAACUUGCCAAAGGAUAUAACAGAUGAACAAAUUCGGAAAACUUUUAGCCAAAAAGGGAUCAUUACUGAUGUUCAAUUAAAAUUUACAAAAGAAGGUAAAUUUCGACAUUUUGCUUUUGUUGGAUAUCAAAGUAAAGAAGAAGCAAAAGCAGCUUUAGAAUAUUUUGAUAAUUCAUUCUUAAAAUCUGCUCGAAUUAAAGUUGAGCAAUGUGCUGAAUUAGGCGAUGAAAAAAAAGUAAAAUCUUGGAGUAAAUAUUCAUUAGAUUAUAAAACUAUAAAAAAAGAAAAUAUCAUAAAAGAUCUUCCAAAUAUUAAUGAUCCCAAAAAAAAAAAUAUAAAAUUAAAACCUGAGAUUGAAGAAAAAUUGAAAUUGCACCUUGAUGAUCCAUUAUUUGUUGAAUAUUUGGAAGUUCAUGGACAAGAUAAAAUUUUAGAAAAAAUUAAUGAAGGUAAUAGAGAUACUCCUAAUGAAAAUGAAGUAGAAAAUGAUCCCACAGAAAAAAUUGCUGAUGCCGAUAUAUCUGAUUUUGAGUAUUUAAAAAUUAAAAGUGGAAAAUUGCCUAGUGGUGAAGAAUUUAAAAAAAAAACUCCUAAAAAAGAAUUCUAUACUGUUAUUUUGCGUGGUUUACCAUAUAAAAUUAAAAAAUCAAUGUUAAAAGAGUUUUUUAAACCAUUAAAACUUGAUUCUAUUCGAUUGCCGCCUAAAAUUAAAGGUGUAGCAUAUGUUGGCUUUAAAAAACAAAGUGACUUUGAUCAAUGUUUAUUAAAAAAUAAAAGUUUUAUAAACGGUAAACAAAUUUUAAUGUUUCCUAUAAAAACUGAAUAUAACCAACAAAAUGUAGAAAAUAGUGAAGAACUUAGUAAUCCAGAAUGGAAAAAACAAUCGGAUAGUUUAAUUAAUGAAGAAUGUAUUGCAGAUUCAGGUCGAAUUUUUGUUAGAAAUUUGCCCUACAUAACAACUGAAGAUGAACUUCAAAAUCUAUUUGAAAAAUUUGGUCCUGUUACAGAAGCUAUAAUUCCAGUUGAUAAAAUAUCACGUCAAGUUAAAGGUUUUGGCUUGAUAACUUAUUUAAUGCCCGAACAUGCUGUAAAAGCUUACACUGAAUUAGAUGGUACUAUUUUCCAUGGUAGAAUGUUACAUUUGUUGCCUGGAAAAGCUAAAGAGUCAUUAGAGUCAGAAAAUUCCUAUAAAGAAGGUAGUUCCUUUAAAAAAAAAAAAAUGGCAAAAUUAAAGUCAGAAGCAGGAUUGUCUAACAAUUGGAAUAGCCUGUUUUUAGGACAAAACGCAGUUGCUGAUAUUAUAGCUAAAACAUAUAAUACCACUAAAGAUAAUGUUUUAACAGGUGAUAAUGCUGCUGUACGAUUAGCUCUUGGAGAAUCUCAAAUUGUUUCUGAUACCAAAUCUUAUCUAGAAAACCACGGUGUUAUGCUAAAUGUUUUUAAUCAAACUAUAGUCAAUAGAAGUAAAAAUAUUAUACUUGUUAAAAAUUUACCAGCCAAUACAACAGAGUUGGAGAUAAAGGAUUUAUUUUCUAAAUAUGGACUUGUCCAAAAAGUAGUUUUGCCACCUAGUGGGGUAACAGGUCUUGUUGAGUUUGUACAAAAUUCUGAAGCAAAAUCAGCUUUUCGUCAAUUAGCAUAUUCAAAAUUUAAAAGUUUACCAUUAUAUUUAGAGUGGGCACCAGACAAAGUGCUUUCCAUCAGUAAUGCUGAGAAUAAAGAUAAUGAUGAUAAAACACCAAGAGAAGAUGAUGUUGAUACACCUGAACUAGAUACCACAUUAUUUAUUAAAAAUAUAAAUUUUGAAACUACUGAAGAAAGUAUUAAAAAACAUUUUGGAUCAUGUGGAAGAAUUGCUAAUGUUACUAUUGCUCGAAAAAAAGAUCCUAAAAAUCCUGGCCAAUUAUUGAGUAUGGGAUAUGGGUUUAUUCAAUUUUUUAAGCAAAAAUCACUCAUGGAAGCUUUAAAACAUAAACAAUUUUCUAUGUUGGAUGAUCAUUCUAUUGAAUUAAAACGAUCAAAUAGAACUUUGCAAAAUACUGAAAUAAAUAAUCGUAAAGAAACUAAAUUUUAUCAAGAAAGUACCAAAAUUCUUGUAAGAAACAUACCAUUUCAAGCUAGUAUUCAAGAGGUUAUUGAAUUAUUUAAAACUUUUGGUGAGUUGAAAGGACUAAGAAUGCCAAAAAAAAUGGUUGGUACAGGUACACAUAGAGGUUUUGCUUUUGUUGAGUAUAAUUCUAAAACUGAAGCCAAAGUGGCAAUGGAAUCAUUAUGUCAUAGUACUCAUUUAUAUGGACGAAGAUUAGUAUUAGAAUGGGCCCAAGCUAGUGAAAAUUUAGACGAAAUGCGUAAACGAACUGCAGAUCAAUUCCAUUGGCCAGAAGCAAAAAAAAGUUCUAAAAGUGUUGCUGAUAUUAAUUUAGACCAGGAUAAUGACAAAGACAUUUGAUAAAAAAAUACAUUUUUAUUGAUACAAUUAACGAUGUUAUAUUAUAAUUUCUAUUUUUUUUAAAUAUAAUUAAAAUUGUUUUUAUCAAUGAUAAA